AUGAGACAGGACAAGCUGACGGGCUCCCUGAGACGUGGGGGAAGAUGUUUAAAGAGGCAAAACACAGGUGGCGGCGUGGGCACCAUCCUGAGCAAUGUGUUAAAGAAGAGGAGCUGUAUUUCCAGGACGGCUCCUCGCCUGCUCUGCACCUUGGAGCCAGGGGUUGAUACAAAGUUGAAGUUUACUCUUGAACCAUCUUUAGGUCAAAAUGGUUUUCAGCAGUGGUAUGAUGCUCUCAAAGCAGUGGCCAGACUGCCAACAGGAAUACCAAAGGAGUGGAGGAGGAAGGUUUGGCUGACCCUAGCAGAUCACUAUCUUCAUAGUAUAGCAAUUGACUGGGAUAAAACUAUGCGCUUCACUUUCAAUGACAGAAGUAAUCCUGAUGAUGACUCCAUGGGCAUUCAGAUUGUAAAGGAUCUUCACCGAACUGGUUGCAGUUCUUACUGUGGCCAGGAGGCAGAGCAGGACCGAGUUGUGUUGAAACGAGUUCUGCUGGCUUAUGCUAGAUGGAACAAAUCAGUUGGAUAUUGCCAAGGCUUUAAUAUACUAGCUGCACUCAUCUUAGAAGUAAUGGAAGGCAAUGAAGGGGAUGCCCUGAAAAUCAUGAUUUACCUAAUCGACAAAGUACUGCCUGAUAGCUAUUUUGUCAAUAAUCUUCGUGCAUUGUCUGUGGAUAUGGCUGUUUUCCGAGAUCUUUUAAGAAUGAAACUUCCUGAAUUGUCCCAGUACUUGGAUACGCUUCAGAGAGCUGCAAACAGGGAAAGCAGAGGAGGCUAUGAACCCCCACUUACCAAUGUCUUCACAAUGCAGUGGUUCCUGACCCUCUUUGCUACAUGCCUUCCUAAUCAUACAGUUUUAAAGAUCUGGGAUUCAGUAUUCUUUGAAGGUUCUGAAGUUAUACUGAGAGUAGCACUGGCUAUCUGGGCAAAGUUAGGCGAGCAGAUUGAAUGCUGUGAAACUGCAGAUGAAUUCUACAGUACUAUGGGCAAACUAACCCAGGAGAUGCUGGAAGACAACCUGAUUGACAGCAAUGAACUCAUGCAGACCGUUUAUUCCAUGGCUCAGUUUCCUUUUCCACAACUGGCAGAAUUAAGGGAGAAAUAUACAUACAACAUUACUCCAUUCCCUGCAGCAGUAAAAUCAACUUCAGUUUCAGGAAGGCUAGGCAGAACCAGAGAUAGUGAUGAGGAGAAUGACCUGGAUGAUGAAGAUUCAGUUGCCAAUGCAGUUGGCUGCCUUGGACCAUUCAGUGGGCUCUUGGCACCAGAGCUACAGAAGUACCAAAAACAAAUCAAAGAUCAGAAUGAAGAACAGAGUUUGGGGUCUAGUAACAUUGCGGAACUAAGUCCAGGGGCAAUAGACUCCUGUAGAAGUGAAUACCAUGCUGCUUUUAACAGUAUGAUGAUGGAGCGUAUGACCACUGACAUUAAUGCAUUGAAAAGGCAGUAUUCCCGAAUAAAGAAGAAGCAGCAGCAGCAGGUUCAUCAGGUGUAUAUCAGAGCAGACAAAGGGCCAGUUACCAGUCUUCUCCCCUCUCAGGUAAACCAUUCUCCAGUGAUAAACCACCUUCUUUUAGGAAAGAAGAUGAGGGCGACCAAUAGAGCUGCCAAGAAUGCGGUCAUUCAUAUCCCAAGUCACACAGGGGGCAAAAUGUCACCCAUUCCCCAUGAAGAUCUUAAAACGAAACUCAACUCUCCCUGGCGCACUCACAUCCGAGUACAUCGAAAGAACAUAGCUAGAGCCAAAUACCAGCUGGGCUAUGGGGAUACCAUAGGACUCAUAGAAGAGCAGAGUGAAGGCUGCAAACCAAAUAGCUGCAGUGCAAAGGAGGACCCUCCAAGCAAUUCUGAUUUGGGGGAAAGAGAGGGAAGUGGCUUGGAUAACAGGACUAUUCGGAAAGCUGAUGGACAGUCAGCUGAGGCACUUUACAAGGACACCAAUGCAAAUAUGUCAGUGGUUCAGCUGAAAUUAGAAGCACUGGAACUAACCCAAAAUAACAAACCUGAUGCUGAGCCAAUGUCCAAUCAGUCCUGCCCAACACACUUAUCAGAAUCACCUAGUUUAUCCAGUGACAGUGGAACAUUGGCUAAAUCUUCCCAAGCCAGCAAUCCUAAAUUACAAGUGUUUAGCCCUUUCCCCAGCGUCAAACCCCUUCGAAAGUCAACUGCAGCCCGCAAUUUAGGUUUAUAUGGCCCGACUGAAAGAACUCCAACCGUGCACUUUCCACAAAUGAGUAAAAGUUUCAACAAGUCCGCCAACGGGAACAGCGGGACUAAAAAACGAUGAUGUACCAUCAGCACUUUAUAUUUCUGGAAAAAAAAUGUAUUGAUUGUUGUGUGUGUAUAUGUGUCCAAAAGAGUUUCUAAAUAGUUUAAUUCUUUAAAUGAAAUAAUGGGGACAAAGUGGUUAACAGAUGUAUAAAUAUGUAUCCUUGAAAAUUGUGCUCUUGUAAUGUAUGGAUAGAUUAGGGAAGAUGCACUGUGGCUCACCACGUAGAUUAUAAUGGUUCUGUGGUAAAAUAAACAUUGAUUU